GCGAUGGCGACGUCUCGUCGUUCAUGGUGACAAUGGCCAAGUCGUGUGUGCUCCUGCAAGACGCCGAGGUGAUUUCCCUUCCUUGCGAUCCCUCCAGUGCAUCGCUGAGUCCCGAUGGCAUGGUGGUGACUGGGUGGACGUCCGGUAACACGCUUCACGCGUACUACGGUGGUGAGGCCAUUCUCUCCCGCGCAGUGGACCUUCCGUCGUCCGCGUGGAAAUCGUUCCUUGUGAAAAGCCGCGUCGCCAGCGCGUCCCUCUUCGAGUUUGUCCUUCUCGUGGUGUGCAUCGACGGAUCAGUGUGCCGCGUUCGUGUCCAGAGUGCCCACGACACGAUCCAACUCUUGGCGCAAGUGUCGCAGUCGCACCCGACGCUCACCGCGUGCGACGUCUGCGACAACGGGCGGCUCCUCGUCCUCGCCGGCGGCAUUCGAAGCAACGCCAAGGACAUGGAGCACGGAUCGACCCUCAGCAUAUGGAACGUUCUGGACGAAUCCGCCGAGCUGUUGCAUUACUCGACCGUGCUCGCCCACGACAAGCUUGUCAUGGACGCCGUCCCAGCCGCGGCCGCCCCGUCCUCGUGGUGGUCGUUGCUGUCGGGCGCCGAACAACUUUAUCCCGGCUACAUCCAAGACAUCGCAAUUUCUCCAGACAACACACUCGUGGCUUUGCGCGACAGCUCGGGACACGUUUCCAUCCGACAGGUGGACACAUGUGCGACGCUGGUCCCGUGGUCGCUGGUUGGAGGGUUCCCCAUCGUCAGUUUGACCUGGUUCCAUACCCAUACGCUGGUGGUAGCCGCCACGACCGCCGCCGCCCCCUUUUUGUGCUGCGUCCAAGGCGACAAGCUGAUGAUAUCCUCCCCCCCGUCUUCUGACGUAUCUCCGUCGGCCUCCGCAACGGUGUCACAUGCACUCACAAACAACUCGUCCACGGGGGAUGGCGUGUUUUACCACCUCUUUUGUCCACUAAAUAACAACGAGACGACGACGACGUGGGCGUUGGUCGAGUUUCAAGACGUACCCGUCGAGGUUGUGUUUGCAAGUCGAGUGAGUCAAGGGCGCUGGGACGACGCGCUCGAGUUGGCCCGUGUCCAUCCUGCUGCUGCUUUGGACGCAGAUGUCGUGCAUAAAGCUGCGUGGGUCGCGUUCGUACAGAGCGCCGCCACGUCGACGUCGGCCCAGCUAGAGCAAGUGUUGCGAAUGCAUGUGACCAACAUUCUCGACAUACGUUGGUCCCUCGACUCGAUCCGCCAUUGCGUGCUGGACACCCCCGCGGCAUGCCACCGCGUGUGGUCGUUUGGACUGUCCACGGUUGUAGAUGGCGGUCAUGACGUGGCGCUCCUCCAGCUCCUCGAUCGACUGGACACGUUUCUGCGGCUGUUGUGGGCGGACGAAUGUAGCGUUCCUGCUACUUCGUCGUUCGAGUUGGUCGUGGCCAUGGACACGUUGGCCGACUGUUUUGACGUGGCAUCGUUUCGCCAAUUCCUAGACAGGUCCUGGGUCGACAUUGCGAUGGCGCUGGCGACCGCCGGCCGCGUGUCCGCGCUCACGGUGGUAUUUCUGCGACACGGGUACCACGUGGUGCCCCACCGCUGUUCGAUCCUCAGUGCCCUCCCAGCAUCCAUUCCACCCCGAGCGUUUCAGCAUUUGCUGCCCGCCAUUCGAUUUCCCCACCAUCCCGGCCACUCGAAUCCUUCGUUCCCUUCGUAUUCUAUCGGAUCAGAUGGGAUGAGCGUCGUGGAGGUAGUUCUCCGUGAAGGCCCGGAUGUGACCCCAGACGUUGUGGCUGCCUACAACCACUCGUUUGAAUCAGAAGAAGAUGGCAAGAGAGAAGCUCUGGGCCACUGGUUUGCCUCACGAUGCUUUGAAAUGGACAGUUUAUUUGGACUGAUUGAAGACGCGAUGGCGCUGCUGGCGUUGGCGUGGGUGUCCAUCUCCACCAACGACGCUUCUCUUGGUCCUAUCGAUUCUGCGACAACGUUGCCAUCAGCAUCAUCCCACUCGAACCAUCCCCACAAACGCUUGGCGCAACUUCAGCGUGAAUUCGACCAAUUAUAUUUGUUCGCGGUCGAGUUUCAACUGACGCCGUCUUGGACAAUUCAAGACUGGCGCCACGAGAUGGAGCAAAACCAAAACUCCACCACCACUUCGUCCGCCAAGAUCCAGCUGCUUCGCGGGCAUCCUGCCGCCGCCGCCGCGUCCGAUCCGCUGCUGACCGUGCUCCGCCGUGGCUUUAUCCGAGAAGUCGACCUCUGCGCGUACAUUUCGUCGAUGGAUCUGACGAACCUGCCCGACUUUGCAUGGGCGAGUCGCAUCAUCCAAGCCAGUAGCCCCCUGGCAUCAAAUGCUCCCGAGGCGCGGUACAUACAAGACGUCACGCAGUUGGUUUCUGUGGUGCUGGCAUGCUGCUUUGGCUUUGAGUUGAACCAACAAGAAGAAGAAGGCGGUGGCUCCAACGACGGCAAUAUGCAAGCGUUUAUCGAAUGUGCGUGGGUCAUGUUCGAAACGCUGCCCAAAGUGUUACCAGACGUUUCGUUGCAAGAGGAAGCAGACGCGUUGGAGCGGUUGAUGACGGGUAUGGAGAUCUUGGCCUCAUAUCACGUAUAUGUCAGCCCCAAGACAUUGAAACAGCAGCAGCAGCAUGCGAGUGCCACGUCAUCGUCGUCGUCCCCAACAACAUCUCCCCAACAACAUCCCCCCAACCAACAACACCUCACCACGACUUUGCCGUGUUCGUUGUUUGCAUCCGACUUAGUGCGACGAUGUUGUGCAUUUGCCACCCACCAGCCAAACCACGUUAUCAACGUGGACAAGCUCGUCGAUGACAUGCUACAGCUCCAACUGUAUGCGUUUCCAAGUGUAUUGUCUGUGGAUUCGACUCGGGCGAUGGUGGUCCGUUCGUUGCUGGCGACGUCGUCGGCGCCAUCGCCGCGACUCCGCCAGCUAUGUCCACACCCGCAACUGCUUGUGGACGCCGCGGCGUGUCAUUUUCAAGCGGCGCCGUCAUCCACAAGUCCCGGGAUUGCGCUCGCGCUGACGUACUGUGCGUGGGCCGAACAAACCCUCGAAGCAAACAAAGAAGAUCAUCCUAUUCGUGCUAUCUCGACGUCGUACAAGGCGAUCGUACAAGCCACCCAAUGGCUCGAGCAGUGCCAUGGCCACGAUAUCUCGCCGUCAUCGAUCUUGGCCCUGUCGCCAUCCGCCCGACUCGCGACAGUUCAAGAGCUACUACUGCACCGACCGCAGGAUUGCAUUGACCACUUGGAUCAGUUGCAAGACGUGGCUCUAUGGCUCGACUUGACCAACAACACGAGCAAAACUCUGUCGCAGAUGCGUGUGUGGGCCGCGUACGCGUACCUCCAGACUGGCCACGUGUUGAAUGCAAUCCAACUGACUACGGCACUACUACGGGACAAAACCGCCAUCAACGAUGAUGAUGCGGCUAACGACGCGAUCGUGGCUCAAGUGACAUCGCUCGCGUUAGACUUGACAACAACUGGAGGAGGUCAGGGUUACUAUGAGGCGAGGCGGGACCUGAGUCGGGUGGCGGUGAUGGCGGUGCCAGACCCGUCGGUGGCCUUCCUAGCGUUACUCGACGCCGCCAAGCAACUCGACGCAGUGGUACGAGCGAUGAAGGUCCUCCGACUCACGGAUGCCGACAUUGCCGCUGAAAAGAUGGACAACCGGCGCGUGUCCAUAUCCGAGUGGCUACUGGACCAACUCAGUGUGCACCAAGAUAUUAUCCAGCACGACUCGAUCCUGUACCAGCAAUCUCUAUCAGCGUCGAUGCAGCUGGUUGCGGUAUUUGCUACCGACGUUGUCGUUGCCGAGCUGCAGCCCAUCAACGAAGCACCCGUCAAGCACGAAGAUGACAAAGAAGACGGUGAUAACGAUGGACUAGCUGAUCUCGUGGGUCGGCUGGCGGCGUCGCUGCUUGACACUGGUCAUGACAUGGACUUGGCCAUCGCCUACUUGAACGCGCUGCCGCCAUCCCGCGCCUUUGCCAUAUGGACGGCCGCGUGUGGUAACCUCGGCGACGGGAAGGAUUCUGCUGGGAAAUUAUCGCACUUGGCGACUGCCGCCCACGCCUUCUUUUCACCUUGGUACCCCGAGCUCGCGGCCCCGUUUGCAUCGCUCCAGGUCGAGUCCAAGCAAUCAGCAGACCUAGACAUUGUCGAGAGGUUGCUGGGAUCGUUGGAUCGGGGUCGAUUCCAAGUCGAUCACGUGUACCGAGAUAGCAUUCUCGUGGCAUUGCUGCAUUACAAUCAGAAUCACAACACCACCAGCACGACGAUUGCGUUUACCUUGUGUGAACAGUAUCGCAUACGACCAUGGGAGCUCUGUAUGCACUUUCUCGAGUCGCUGGUCGUAUCUGACCUCGCAGAAACUGCGACGACGACGAGGGAUGUAGAGCUCAAGAAAGCCCAUCAAGUGGUGGUGCCGCCCCGCGGUAUUCCGUUGCUCGAACACUUGCUCACUGAACCGAUGACACUGAGUCGACGGUUGCUACAUGUGACGUUGUUCCGUGUCAACCCAUACGACUCGAUCGCAUGGGAAUUUCUAUGGCGUGUUUGCUUGGAAUGCCACAAGCGACUAGUACUAGUAUUACUACACGACGACCAAACGCCCUGCGACAAGGUUAAGAAGGACGACGACGAUGUGGCGCAGAGUACCAUGAUCCCCGUGGACCGGCUCAAACUGUUCGUCGCGUGUGCGAAAAAGCUGCGCGAAGCCGGUCUACCUGUCCACAUUGCACACUUUUGCGGCCCUGCGACAACGUUUUGCACGCCCGCAGACGUCCAACUUGCCGUGCAAGCCGCCAUCCCGCACUUAUCUGGAACGUCCAUCAAAACCCUGGCGAUGCUCUUGUCCAAACUGCACAAUGUGCCUGCUAGCGCCGUGAUUGUCAUCUACAUGGACAUAAUCUGGACUCAUGAAAGCAAUGUCGACUUGGCAUAUGAAGCCACGAAACCGUUUCUGUCGGGCGUGAGUACCGACCACGUUGUGUGGCUGGCCAAUCAUUUCGUCGGGUUGCCCUCUGCGACAUCGUCCGUGCCGCCGAUGUAUGGCCACACGUUUCAAAGCCCGGCCGUAUUUGGCGCCCGCCUCACGCCAUCCAAGCGACUUGAGAUUGUCUCCGACUUGUACAAGUUGGUAUCUUCUCGACACGUUCAAGGCAACUCGUCGAUGGAUGUAGCGCUGCUGGGAAACGCAGUGCUGUGGAGCGCGUUGCUGGCGUUGCUUGCAGUGUCACAUGUCGAGUUUGUCCUUGACACAAGAGACAAAUCGCCGACUUUUCCUUUUGAUGAGGCCAUUGCCGUGUGGUGUGCCCGUGGCUUGUCGCUGGAACGCUGUCGCAUGCUCCUGCAGCUCACGUCGGCACUCGACGACGGCCGAGACCAUCAAGUGUACUUUACACGGCACAUUGCCGGCAUGUUACACACCCACGUACCACAACUAGUCGACGCUAAUGACAUGGCAAACACACAAGAGGAGGAGCAUCCGUUGCACGUGUACUUGGUGACCAAAUGGACGCCGACGACGACUGGGGACCCGUGGGCCGAGCUGCCGCUGCAGCUGCCGGAUGUGGAGCCCCUGGACCAGUUGUUCUGUGACACGGUGCUGGCGUGGCUGAACGACGUUGAACCCUGUGCCAGCACUGUAACGCUGCUCAAGUGGCUGGCCCAGCUCGCGCCCUCCGACGCGGUGGCCGCCAACCACACGACGUCGUCCAUCUUGUCCAUGUUGUACGAUCUCCAUGGCGAUAUCCCAUGGAAGGACCACGCGGCGCUCGUGACGUCGGACUUUGGCGCCGUGUUUGACCUGGCCUUGCAGCAUGUACCCGACACUCCCAGUACCAACGACGGCCUCGCGCAGCUCUUUAUAUACUGGGAAACAUCCACCACCACUACCACACAACAUGGAUUAUCUCCAUCUGCGACACCGUUCACGUCGUGGUCGUGGCCCGACGAACUGCACAAGGUGAUAUGUACCCGCCUCGAGCUGGACGUGCCUUCUCCUCCCAACCAUCCAUCUCCACGACGAUCAGACCAUCCUAGCUUAUGGAGACGUCUAUGGCAACGCCGAAACUGGGCCGAGCCGUUGCUAGAGUCGUUGCUGCGAAACACUGCGACCGCCUACGCCAGUCUCACAGAAGCAGACGCUUUGUCGUUUCUAACCGAGUGCAAGUUUGCCACUGUGGCGCUGCUGAGUCCAUUUCAAGCGCUUCAUAUGGCGGCGGUGCCCUUGCUUGACUGGUCGCGCCUGUCGGCGUCCCAUCUGGAGCUGCUGCUUGUGCGGUUUUCCCUCCAGCAGCUACAAUCGAUGCCCCAAGUGCCGUGGGAGCGCGUCGUCCGCCACUGCCAGCGCCAAGAUCGCAUGGCCAUCGCAACUAGGACAUCGAGUUCCCAGCAUCAUGCGCUGACCAGUCUAUUGCAUGUGGUGGUGGGAUUUGUCGUUGAAGAUGACUUUAGCAUGGCCAGUCGGGUGCUGUGCUACGCCGCCAACGUCCAUCCCAUGGCGUGGCACACGACCAUGUACGAACCUCUUUUAAAGCAAUUCCUCGCGGGGUGGCAACUCCACCACGCGUCCAUCGACGUCCCCCGCCAACAACUCGUGGACAAACUCGCGUAUUUGGUCGACUAAACUUGUGUUUACAACACGUCCAGUAUAUUUCGUUUUGAUUGCUUUUGAC